AUGGCUGCUGCAGCCUCAGCUCCAUCCCGUGCUCCUUCAGCUCCGUCGGGAUCAGCUACCGGGGCGUGGGCGAAAGGGGGACCGUUGGGGCUAGCAGCCACAGCCACCUCCCUGCAAGCAGCGGCUAAGCCAAAGUUUGCGCCUGGCCCACGAGCACCAGUUGGCUACGCAGCUCCCCAAAGACCUGCACUCGGCCAGAAGCAGCAGGCUUCUCCAGUCUUCAACGCAGCAGAUUUCCCAGAUGUAGAGAAGCCGAAGACUGCCGCAGAAUUGGCAGAAGAAACGGCAAACAGAAAGGCUGCCAAAGCCUUUCCAGAGGUGUCGAAUUGUGCUGAAGCACUGGCGGCCUUGUGCAGUAGAGCAAGUGUCACAGAGUCCUCUGAUAUCGGCCGAGCUACAUCAGGCUUGUCUUGGCUGCUGAACACUUUGACAAGUGCAUCAGAUAUGUCAGAUGACGAUAGAGACAAGCUCCUGAGAGCAGGAGCCUUGGUAAUUGAGGGUGUGGCUUCAGAUGAGGCGAGUCUAACUGCUGUUGAUGAGAUCCUGAAAGGGUAUUUCCAAGAGCAGCAGCACAAGAGCAAGAACACACCACAGGUUCUUGAGGCCAACGGCCUAGUCGACGCUUUCCUUUUCGGAAAGCUGGCGCUGCAACUGGAAGCUGGAAGCCCCAGGCAAGGUGCCAUUAGGCUGAGAAUUGUAAGGCGGCUGCAAAAGCCAGCGACUUCCGCUGUCGUUCAGCAUGCUUUGGCAGAUGCCCUCGUGCCACUACUGGCAGCAGACCCGGAUGCAGCCGAAGCGAUCUGCCAGAAGGACCUUAUCCCAGAUUUAUCUUCUGCACAGGAAGGUACCCGGCGUGGUGCAGCUUUAGGAAUUGCUGCCGUCGUACAAGGAUCUGGAGGUGUGCCGGCAAUGAAGAAGUUGGGCACCAUGGAGAUUGUGAAGGAGUACGCAACCACUUCGGGGAAGACAUCGGCGAGCAAGCGUCAGGCAGCACUGUUUCUGCUGCAAGCACUUGCUCAAGCCUUGGGUCGAACCUUUGAGCCCUUUGCAAUGGCCUCAAUGCCUUUGCUCUUGGAGAGCUGUUCAGACUCCGCCAAAGAUGUUCAACUUGCUGGGCGCGCUGCAGCGAAGACGGUUGUAAGCCAGGUGAGCAGCGUUGGUGUACGGCUCAUGAUUAAUCCUGUGCUGGAGGGGCUCAAGGACAAGCGUUGGCGAACGCAACUUUCGGCAGCGGAGCUGCUGAAGCCAAUUGUGUCAGAGCUAGUUGCAAGUGCACCCAAACGACUGCUGGCCGUAGUCCCGAAGGCUGUGCCUCUCCUUUGUGAUGCCGGAGCCGGCACCCGUGCAGAGCUCCGUAACGCUGCGCGAGAGGUCCUAGAGCAGAUCGGAGCUGCUAUCGAUCACUCUGCUGUUGCUGCACUAUCAUCAGAUCUCAUAGCCGCACUGCUGGAGCCAGGCGAUAUGGCACUAGCUAGGGCGCUGGAUGGCCUCCUUGGAACUGUUUACACAACCUCAGUGAGUGGUGCCUCUUGCGCUCUUAUUUGCCCUGUGGUGGAACGUGCCAUUUCCAAGGGGGACGCUGAGGUUCGACGGAAGGGAGCCAGCUUUGUCAGAACCUUGAGCCAGUGGGCGGUGGAUGCCGAGGAGCUGGGGCCCUACUUGGCUACGUUACGGCCACAACUGGAGGCUCUCCUUGCCGAUCCUACUCCAGCGGUCCGAGACGCAGCCGCGCAGGCCAUUGGAGUCUUAGCCGCUGCAACCUCUGCAUCAGGUGGCGAUGAUGAAGGUGAUGUAGCCUCAACUUUGGUGCAAAAGCUGCAGGGCACAAGCGAAGAAGCAGAAAUGGAGGGCGCUGCGCAAGGGUUGGCAGCGGCGCUGGCGGCAUCUGAGGAUCGCGCUGAGCUUUUCGAGCAGAUCCUUAAGGGUGCGAGAAGUGGCCGCAUCGGAUUUCUCACAGUGAUGGCACAUUUGCCAAAAGCGCUGAAAGACGCAGCGGGUGGUGAAGAUGAUAUUACUUCGACCCUUGCUGUGUUGAGCGAAGCCCUGUCUGACAAAGAUGAGGCCAUCAGGAAAGCUGGUCGCCGCGGCUUGACUGCUGUGGCAGAAGGGUCCAAGAGCCCUGAGGUAGCAACGGCCCUAGCAGCAGCAUUGGAGUCAGCGUUACGCGCCGAUGAGCCGCAAGCACGAACUGCAGCAGCUGAAUUAGCACUCAUCCUGCUGGCGCAGAAGACAUUGACACCAAGUGCAACCCCUGCCGCAUGGACAGAUCUCGUGGCAGCUGCCGUGGUGGCUCAGUCUGACGCCAAUGCUGUGGUUCGUCGGGCAGCAGACCGAGUUUGGCGUGCAGCAAACGAGGCAGGUGGUAAUACUGGAAAGCAGCUGAAAGAUCUUCGGCCACGUCUCCUCGAGCGCCUCGCCGCCGACCUUUCAGGGCCAAGAGCCACUGUAGCUGCGGCAGCAGGCCGUGCAGCUCUGAAUUUGCAAGAACGGUUUGAGAAGCUGGGUGUUAUUGAGGACUUGGUGCCGGCACUCCGUGACGCCUUGCAAGAUGGGGAACUCAGCAUCAGAAGAUCUGCAUGUGAAGGUCUUUCAGAAAUCUUGCGUGAUGUGAGGGCCCAGAAAGUCAUCUUAGAGGACUCAGAGCUGGUACUUGGGAUCAAGGGCGCCUUGCUCAAAGCCGGCGAAGAUGAAGGCCGAAAGGCAGCCGCUUCCUGCUGCGCUGGAGUGCCGUCUACGAUGUUGGCAGAGCCUAUUGUGGACGAGCUUUGCCAGAUUGAAGUUGGUCUCGAUGAUGAGCAGCGCAAAGGCUUGGAGCGAUUGGUUGCGGGCAUUUCUGGCAAGUCUGCUUCAUUCUUGCCAGCUUUGGUCAGAAGAGCUAGUGUUCCGCCCCAUAACCUGGGGCAGAUCUCUUGCCUGACUGCGGCAGCGGCUGCAGCUCCGGCUUCACUGCGAGAGGUGACACCAGAUCUGGCAUCUGCAUGCGUCGAUGCGGCUGCAGUUCUCGAGAGUUCCGAGCCUGGUCCGGCAUGCAGCGCUGCAGCAGCAAUCCUGUCGCAGUUGGAUGAGGCUGGUGCCGACGAGUUCAUCGCCGCUUUGGUUUCUAAAUUGGAACUUACUGGCAAAAGCAACCAGUCAGAGGCAGCAGCACAUAUUCUGACAGCUUGUUUUGGAUCAAUGCAACGGCCUCCAUUACAAGCAGAGGUUUUGCUAGAUGUCCUGGUGCGAGGUGCGCUGAUCGGUUCACCUGACAGAUCCUGUGCCAAAGCUUACUCACUUGCGCUGCAGGGUUUGACAGGGUUGUCUGGGGCUGCAUCACUGUGUCAGUCACUUGCGCCCUGCCUUGCUGCAGCUUUGUCCAGAAUGGAAGGGCAGAUUGCUCCAGAGGCGUUAGAUGCUUUGGCUCCGCUUCUACAAUCUGUGGCACAUGCUGGUCAGCAGCGGAGGUCUCUCGCAGAGUCCUGCGUAGGACUCUUUCAACGCACAGCUGACUUGGAUUUGCAAGGCCACGCUGUGAAGCUCGCAGGUCCACUUCUCAGGCUUCUCGGCGAGAAGGAUACAGACCUCCAGAUCGCCGUGGUUUUAGCCAUGACAGAGUUGCUGCAGCGCACUACAGCAUUACGGCCGCUUGUUCCCGCACUUCAGACGCCGCUGGUACGAUUGCUGGAAGGUCCAGCUGAGGUGCACAGCGUGGUUGCACAAGCCCUUGGUGCUUUGGCUCCGGUCGUUCCCCGAGCAGAAGCACUGGUGAAGUUGCUUUGCAAGCCUCCCUUGAGGGCGUCUAAUGUCUCAGCGCUUGCAGAGGUCAUGAAAUCUAUUGGGGAGUCGGCAUCGUUGUCUGCAGAGGUAUCUCGUGAAGUGAAAGCAAUCCUUGAUGCCUCUGCUAACCAGCCGUAG